CUGACGCUAGUGUACAAAACGGUGAAACGAUGUGGAAUAUGAAAACUGAUCGAGAGAUCCUUUUUAAUCUCGGAACUCGCGGAGAAGCUCGUGGCUACCAGGGUGAACAAACCUUGCACGAUGCACAUGAAUCAUUAUCUCCUUUUUCCAACUGCACUCCAUCGUCUUCUCAGGGACUGCUCGCCGGGGCCGUUCCAACGUCCGCAUAUCCCCCAUUCGUACCAGAUAUCGUUGAUGGAACCACGACGAACGUGAGGAUGAUACCCCUCCCACCCGAUCGUACUGUGCUCCACCAUGGAGGGGGGGACACCCAUGAAAGGAUGGAUAGAAGCUGUCACGCCUCUGGCAAGAUGGCACUAUUGUCGUAUUCAAAUGGGCCAAGGCAUCAAGCGCAACUAUGCACAUCGUGCGCAUCAACUAUGUCUGUGCUGUCGGCGCACCACGUAGACUCCACGAAAACCGCCGCCAUUUUUGGCCAUCAUGACUGUGUGCAAAGUGGUCCAAAUUACCAUAUUUCCCAGCUCUACUCUCCAAAUGCGGGACCUGUCAUUCCCGCACAACACGUUCCUACCAUGGCCUCGGAUCAAGUCAAUGAGGUUCCCUCCGCGCGUCCAGCUCUUUUCUCAGGAUACUUAGAACCGCUCAACGGCGGUGCCAGGCUCCGUCGUCACCUUUUGGCAGUUCGGUGGACCACCCUUGCCACAGCCAACAUGACAAGCUCUCCAUCGGAAGCUUCUCAGAUACACCCCUCCAUAACUGGGCCUUCAACCUUCGCAACCUCGGAGCUUCCACAACAAGAGGGUGUAUGCAACGAACUCGUCCAUCUGGCUUCUUCCCACGGCGUCUGCGGUGGUUGCCGCUCACCACUAAGGCGCAAGUCUUUUUUAAAACACUUUCGAGUGGUGGAGCUUGGAUUCC